AUGCUAAGGUAUCUUAUAGAUGCAUUAUACUUGGCCGGUAUAAGAUUGAGUGCAGAGAAGCUGUCGGCUAUACAGAGCAGACUAUUAAAGGACUCUUUAGAUUGUGACAACCAAAGGGUAUCGUCCAUGUAUGCUAGAGCUGGUACGUGUGCUGACA